GGCUGUUGGGAUCAGUGUUUCGGAUAGCCGCGGAAGGAAAAAACGUCUCCUUUCUUCGUUUCUUGUUUUUCCCUCUUUGAGUUUCAAUGAAGGCAACCAGCUGCAUCGUUCGGUGAGCUUCACUGGCCGUGGUGAGGCCGAUAUACAUGCAGGAUGGCGGUAGAGCAUCUAAAGCAUUUUCCGCGAUGCCAUGAAAUCCUUUGAUUUUCUUGAAGAAAAUGUUUGAGAUUUGCUUUGUAGAUAUCCCCCAGAGGCCAACCUGUUCGAGAUGUUUUUAGUAACUUGAGACAACCAAGUCCAACUCACUUCCUCUUCUCUUAUAGAGGGAGUCUUGCGAGAAUUAUCCCGGUGAAGAGUGAAGAUGGCUGGAGCUGCUCCAAAUGAGGGAACUAGGAGGCGGUUGCCGAGGUGGAUGGUGGCGCCACCUGCGAAUGACCAAGCAAGGGAGUCUAGUUGUAAGGACGGUAACACUGAUAAAAUAAACGAAGGGGUAGUUUCACCUCAACGGACUAAUUCAAAGAGUUUGACAAAACAGCCUAAAAGGGCAUCCUCGCUUCAGGAAAAGAAUUUGUCAAAAGUCGGUGGAUUUGGUCUCGUGGAAUGCGGAAGGAAGAGAAGGAAAAGAAGGGCGAGCGAACAAGAAGACGGUUCUGAUGUCAGUACGCAUGAAAUUGUUGAGGAUAAAAAGGAGCGCAGAAGGGGAAGGAGGAAAGCUCAAGAUUCAGUUUUUGAAAAAAGAAGGAAAACAAAAAGUCUUGUUGCUGAAGGUGUUGAGGAACAUGCUACCUUUGCUAGUGAUGAUGAUGUUGAACUUACUGUUGAAGAUCUUAUGAGCAUUGCUGAAGAGAUCAUUGCAUCUAAUAAGGAUGUUGAGCAGCAAAAACAACACCUUGGAAGAUCAGAGACACCAAUGAGAGCCUCAGGCAAUGUUCAACAAUAUUCUGUUGAUGCCGUUGCUGAUCCUAAUGAAAUUCUUGAUGAUGCAAAGCACACUAAGAACAAUUCAGCUGGAGUUCCGACCGGUGAAGACAUUGUUGUCGGUAUCAAGAGAACAGGUGAUCCUGCUCAGGAUAUGUUAGAUCUCUUUCUGGGUCCCUGGCUGAGGAAGCCCGUAGAGGAAGAGAAAAUGAGUCAAUUUGUUGCGGAUGAAGUGAUUCCGAUGCAGGAUCAAGAGAAGCAAAGCCACAGCGUUGUUAUCGUAGAAGCUGUAUCCCCAUUGAAAAAGAAGAGCAGUCUCAAGGACAAAGUGGCAAUGUUCUUUUAAUGAAGACGAGCUCUGAGGCUAUACUGAAGGACUGGGUUUUGUAAAUCCAACCCCUCAGCUCUUGGGUUGCAAUUGCAAAGAUCUCAUGUUAUUUGUACAGUAAUGUGUAUCCCAUGUUCAAGCAUAUACUGCUUUUGCAGAAAAUGUGUAUGUACUAGCAUUGUGAGCUCCGUAAAUGGAAUGAAAGCAUCACACAAGAAUGUAAUUGACUUAAUUUAUUGUUACGAGACAUGUUUAAAGAGCA